UGGAGUCAGAGAUCCUCUCCAUGUCUAGGAUGGAAUCCUUUAUUGAAAAACAGACAAAGUUACUGGAAGUACAACCAACAGAAACCCUAAAUAAAGGUCUCAGACGAACCUCCAAAGAACAUGUGGAUGGUGGCUUGUCAGGUGCAACAGUGCCAGCCCGAGACCUCAGUGACAGUGAUCCAGGGACAGAGACAGAGUUAGCUGACACAGCCCUGGAUCUGGUCCUGUUGCUGUUAAUGGAACAAUGGAAGUGGCUGUGUACCAAAAACAUGCAGAAAUUUCUCCGGCUUAUCUUUGGGACCCUGGUUCAGAGGUGGCUGGAGGUGCAGGUCACUAACCUAACAUGUCCUCAGCGCUGGGUGCAGUACCUCCGCCUUCUUCGGGAGUCCAUCUGGCCAGGUGGAGUUUUACCCAAGUCUCCCCGGCCUGUAAGGACCCAGGAGCAGAAGGUGGCUACUGAGAGUCAAGCUUUGCAGAGCCUGAUGGAGGUCCUGUCAGAUUUUGUGGUGGAUAUCCUGGGGGUGAACAAAUGCCGGCUGAGUUGGAUUCUGGUCUUGGAGUCCCUGCAGCAACCCCUCAUCAACAGGCAUUUGAUUUACUGCCUUGGGGACAUCAUCCUGGAGUUCUUGAACCUCAGUACCUCUGUUGAGGAGUCUUCUACAGCCACCCCUGCCUCAAAUACCCCAGGCAUCCCCAAGAAGAUGGGGGUACCUCCAUAACCAUAGACGAAUCACAAAGACCAAGGAAGGAGUCACCGAGCCACCCAGAGACCAGUCAGGAAGCCUGCGCCCUCCACAACUAGGUUACAGCUCAGGAGGCCUGAGGUCCCAGUGGCUACAUUCCCCUCCAGCUCUGCUCCAUUUGUAGUGGGCAGUGGGAGAUGUACUUA